CAAAGCUUGCUGGGACGGCGUUCUAAGCUGUGGCGGGAGUCGUGCGGAUUCGUUCGUCUCUGUGGGCGAAAGAAUGUCGCAGGACGAUGCGGCGGUGGCGAGCGGGGUCGUGCUGGAGGAACUCAGCAGCUGGCCGGAGGAGAUGUGCCGUCGGGAGCUGCCUUCGGUGCUGCCCCGGCUCCUCUCUAUGUAUCAGCGUUCUGAAAGUUGGAUUGAACAUAUCCGAAUUUUGAAAAUCAUUGUUGACAUGUUUUUGCCUCAUAUGAACCACCUGACACUGGAAGAGACUUUGUUUUCCCAAGUUUUACCAAAGACUAUAAAAUUGUUUGAUGGCAUGAUAUGUGAAUUAACCAGUGAAGCCAGAGAACUCUCCAGUCAAAAUUUAGAAAUCCAGGUCACCAUAAGGAACAUUUUAGAAACAAUGGUGCAGAUCGUAGGAGGUCUUGCAGGAUGUGUUCAUCAUGUCUGUGCCACACAGGAAUCUGUCUUUCUUGGAAAUAUUCAUAGUCUUCCCUCAUUCAUCCUGCAUAUAAUCAAAAGUACAUUUGUACACUGUAAGAAUAGCGAAUCUGUGUAUUCUGGGCGCUUACACCUAGUGUCAGACCUCCUCCAGAUUCUUUUCAAGGAGGCCUAUUCUCUCCAGAAGCAGCUGAUGGAGCUGCUGGACAUGGUUUGCCUGGGCCCUUCAGUUGAGGAGAAUAACAGUUCAACAAUGGUAGAAGCUAUUCAUUCAUUAUUGGAUAUCUGCUCUGUUAUCUCCAGUAUGGACCAAGCAUUUCAUGCCAAUACUUGGAAGUUUAUUAUUAAGCAAAGCCUCAAACACCAGUCGGUUUUAAAGAACCAGUUGAAGCACAAAGAGAUAAUUUCUAGCUUGUGUGAAGACAUUCUAUUCUCCUUUCAUUCUUGUUUACAGUUAGCUGAGCAGAUAACACAGCCAGCUGCACAGGAUAACGCUGACUAUAGAUUAUUUCAGAAAACACUAAAAUUGUGUCGUUUCCUUGCUAACUCCCUUUUGCACUACACUAAGGAAUUUCUUCCUUUCCUGUCUGAUUCUUGCAGUACUUUGCACCAGCUUUAUCUUCAGAUACACAGCAAGUUGCCUCCAAGCCUAUAUGCUGCCAGGAUUUCCAAAGCACAGCAGGAGGAAAUAGCAGGCACCUUCCUUGUGGUACUGGAUUCGCUCAUCAGUCAGCUGCUCAGAUCCCAGCCUUUUGCACAGGCAGUUUUGGCUAGUAAACUUGACAUGCUCUGUGAACUGCAGCUUCCACAAGUCCUACUCCUGGUUGUUGUCUUGGAUAAGCUGCCCUCUCAGCCCGAGGAUGUACAGACCCUGUGGUGCACAGAAGAUAUAACUAGAAUGUCCAUACUGAAAGCCAUUUUCUACAAUUUUGGGCAGUGUUCUGGUGAACUCUCUCUGCCUACUCAUUUACAAGGAGUAAAGGGUAAAGGACAAGCUGAGGUGCCUGUCACUUUGUAUCAGCAUGUUUGUGUUCACCUGUGUGCAUUUGUGGCUUCCUUUCAUCCCUCAUUGUUUCCUGUGCUGGAUGCUGCUCUUUUGAACGCUGUGCUUAGUUCUAAUAUGAGUACUUCAUUGUUAGCGAUGGAUGUAUGGUGCUUCCUUGCUCGAUACGGAACUGCUGAACUUGGUGCACACCAUGUCACAUUAGUGGCUCAUCUGAUUAAAUCUUGCCCUGGAAGAUGUGUUCAGCUUACCUACCUAUCCAUACUAUUGAAGCGGCUCUUUUUCUUCAUGGCCCCACCCCAUCAGGUGGAAUUUAUCCAGAAAUUUUCUCCAAAAGAAGCAGACAACUUGCAUUUGUGGCAGUAUAUUUCCGUCCAGGCACUGUCUGCCGAUCUCAGGAAGCAAGUUGCAUGUGAAGUUGUCAGAGUGUGCACAGCACAAUGCAGGAAAUGGUUGAGUAGCACUCAUACUCUGGCAGAACUCGACUCUCUGAAUACAGCACUUUCUGUUUUACUUACUGUAUGCAGUUCUGCUGGAGAAGCUUUGGACAGUAGACAACUAACUACAGUUACUGAAGUUGUGGGUCAGCUUUGGGCUUUUAUAAACAUUGAGCAAAUAAUCAGUCAACCCUAUGUUCAACAGACAUUUAGCCUUUUACUUCAGCUGUUGGCAUUUUUCAUCCAACAUGUAGAUCUGCAGCUGAUCAGUCAGGUUGUAAAUGUCCUGACCUCGGUAAUUAAACUUGAUCCUCCCGACGACAUUUCUUAUGCAGUGCUGGAUUUUAUAUCUUCUUUGGGCAAACUUUAUAUGUCUCAAACUAUCCGGGACAAGGUGCUGCCCAACAUGUCUUGUAUUCUUGCUUCACUGGUAGUCAACAAGAAUUGGUUGCUAGAGCAACACACUUUGGAGGCAUUUACUCAGUUUGCUGAGGGAACAAAGCAUGAAGAGAUAGUUCCACAGUGUCUCGGUUCUGAAGAAAUCAAGAACAAAGUUGUAUCCUUUUUGGAGAAGACAGAAUCUGUAGAUGAAACUGAGGCUGUCACAGUGGACAAUGUGAAACAAGAGAAAGGCUCUUUCUGGAAACCCGUUGCUCAGCCUUGUACAAAAAGAGCCCGUCAGGAGCUGCCCUUUGAAGAAGAAUACAGAUCAAUAUUUCAAGCUGCAGCAAGGGCUUUGGAGACAACUGAGUUUUUACUCAAACACUCUAAUGUUCCAGCCUGGCUGUUGCCAGAACUGGAGGCACUGCAAGAAAGAAUCGAGACACUAAAAUGCUGUGUGCUUAGAGGGUAAAAUAUGAAUGGACUGUGUAUUGA